AUGAUGAUGAAGUAUCUAAUUCCAGAACCAAAAACAAAACAGAUUUUGUUCGAGAAAUCGUUACAAGCUAAUGGUCCAACCACACUAACAGAAUUCAAAGACAUAAGCUCUAAGCGUAAAGCAAUCGAAGAAUCUGUUAACGGAACCAGCAAUGUCACUGAUGCUACUGCAAGAGAGAUGAACAGAGGACUAACUUCUUCUUGUGACCAAGAUCUCCAUAAGCUUGAACAAUACUUACCAUUACUCUUCAACUUGGUACAUUACGCUGAUCAGAUCAACCGUGUUUCGGAUCUUAAGAUAAGAUGGAGUAGCGGCUUAAUCUCGCAAACGAUAAUUCAGCGAAAAUGUCCGAAAUUCUUCCAAGUCGAUAACAUAAUGUUCGAGCUUGGGAUGGUACUUUACCUUUACGCAAUCAAGCUCCGUGAGAAAGCAAUGGAGUUAGUAUCCACAGACAUUAAGCAAUCGGUAAAACUUUACCGCGAAGCAUCUGGAGUUUUCCAUCAUCUGUCUCAUGAGCUUCUUCCUUCUUUAAAACCUUCAUUGCCUCCAGGGAAGCUUCCCGAACUAACUUCUCCGCUUUGCACUGCCUUGAGCCUCCUCUGUUUAGCUGAAGGUCAGGCUGUAACUACGAAUAAGGCUGAAGAAAGCGGAAAAAGCGCGACGCUAUUGUCGCAACUUCAUUAUGGAAUUACACAAAUGCUUUCUGAAGCCGAUGCUCAUCUGUCUUCUAGAGCAAACGGAGAAUGUAAAGACCUAUCUUCUCGGUUUCUCGAAUAUAUAUCAAUAAUGAGAGCCUUACACGAGCUAAAGAGCCAAAAACACUUAGCGGUAUUGCUCGAAUCCGAAGGGAAAGUAGGCGAAGCGAUCGGGAUUCUGCGGCGUGCAUUAGCAGCCGCGAGGAAGAGUCUACCAUCGAAAGAAGACACUUGGAUGUCGUUAUUCAAGAAAGAGAGAGAGGAAGUAACUAAAAACAUGGCUAAGUAUGAGAAGCUAAACGAUUUCAUGAUGUUACAGAGGAUUCCUGUUGAAACAGAGUUGGUUUUUCCAAAAGGUGAAAAGAUUGUUAAUCUCAUUCCUUACAUUCCCACAAGAAGAGAACAAGAGCUUCGAUUCAAGUUGUAG